AUGUCCGCACCGCCAGUAGAUUAUUAUGCCGCCCUAGAGGUUGACUCAAAGGCAACGCAAGAGCAAAUCCGCACUGCUUACAAGAAACAAGCACUCAAGCAUCAUCCCGACCGUGUGCCUGCAGACUCGCCCGAACGCACAGCCCGUACCAGAAAGUUCCAGCAGAUCAACGACGCCUACUACACUCUCUCGGACCCUACAAGAAGAAGAGAUUACGAUGCCACAAGACGCUACCAUGGAUUCGGCUCAGACUUCGGCUCCGGUUUCGGUGCCGGUUCCAGCGCACCUCCAGGUGGUUACGGAGACCCAGAAGAGGAGGUUCCGCGACCUGAGGCUGGCAACCAGCAGGGAGCAGGUUUCAGCUUCCCUUGGAGCGCGUUCGGUUUCGGUGGGAAGGCGAAGAACGAGGAAGAUGCGAACAAGUUUAGCAGCGAACAGUUCGGCAACGUCUUUGAGGAAAUGCUCAGGGAGCAAGGAAUGGCCGAAGGCGAGAACAACUCUCCCACAGGCAGAUUCUGGUCUAUGAUCGGUGCUGUCAGCGGAGGCGCCAUGGGCUUCAUCAUCGCUAACGUCCCCGGUGCUAUCGCUGGUACAGUAGCAGGCAACAGACUCGGUGCUGUGAGAGACAACAGGGGCAAGAGUGUGUACUCUGUCUACCAGGAGCUGGAUCAGCCUGCAAAGAUGCGCUUGCUUAGCGAGCUGGCGUCCAAAGUGUUUGCUCAUGCCAUCAGCUGA